AAUAAAAAUAAUGAAUCUGUGCCAAACAAAGAUUGUAAUGAGGAGAUGACCGAUGUUACAUCAAUUACUGAUAUUAAUUCUAUAAGACUUAUUGAUAAAAACAAAGACAAUGAAUCUGUGAUACUAAACAAGGAGUACAACACUAAAAAGAUUGAUGUUUCAUUAAUAUUGGUGAAUCUCACAUGAUAAUGUCUAUGAAUGAAAGCAAUAAAAAUAAUGAAUCUGUGCCAAACAAAGAUUGUAAUGAGGAGAUGACCGAUGUUACAUCAAUUACUGAUAUUAAUUCUAUAAGACUUAUUGAUAAAAACAAAGACAAUGAAUCUGUGAUACUAAACAAGGAGUACAACACUAAAAAGAUUGAUGUUUCAUUAAAUAUUGGUGAAUCUCACAUGAUAAUGUCUAUGGAUGAAAGCAAUAAAAAUAAUGAAUCUGUGCCAAACAAAGAUUGUAAUGAGGAGAUGACCGAUGUUACAUCAAUUACUGAUAUUAAUUCUAUAAGACUUAUUGAUAAAAACAAAGACAAUGAAUCUGUGAUACUAAACAAGGAGUAUAACACUAAAAAGAUUGAUGUUUCAUUAAAUAUUAGUGAAUCUUACAUGAUAAUGUCUAUGGAUGAAAGCAAUAAAAAUAAUGAAUCUGUGUCAAACAAAGAUUGUAAUGAGGAGAUGACCAAUGUUACAUCAAAUACUGGUUGUCACCAAAAACCGACGCUUUUAAAUGGUGAGAAUGAAAUAUAUGACAAAAGAGAAGAAGAAAUUACCAUGAUUAUUGAUGACAGUGUUUAUCAAGAGGAUAUUGGCACAAUAAUCUUUACAGAUGAAAAUGAGAAGAUCAUUAAAAAACUGUCAUGCCAAAUAACUUUUUCAUGA